AUGCACAGCGCCAGGCGCUGCUUCACGCUGAAAUUUAAGACCACUCUUGUGGAGCAGAGCGCGCAAUCAAAAAUUUUUCAGAAAUCUCUGUUGAUGGAAAAACGAAUCAGUUCGAUGAUCAAUCGACAAAUGCGUCUACGUGAUGAUUUACGUAGCGCGAAGCGUUUGCUAGGGGUGGCCGAUGAGCACUUUCUACAUGCCUCCACAUCCAAUCUUCAGGGAGCUACGCUGCUCGAAGCGCUUACCCAGGUAUGCGAAGCGAUCGCAGUUGCUUUACAUUAUUAG